UUCGAAUACCCUAGAGAAGAAGUCUUGAUGGGCUAUAUUGCUGAUGAGACUGUAGAUAGAGAAGACGAAGAUUUUUACAUUUGCCUCACUGCAGAAGCCACGGACACUGCUGCAAAAAUGAUAGAGCAACUCCAGAAAGAGCAAGACGAACGACUUCAUUAUCAACUCUUCAAGGACAUACAUCCAUGGGCAUCGUUGGGAUCUGAGCCUGAAAUUGACGAAGCAAUAUUGAAAAACAACCGAGCCCUGAUUGAAGUUGAAGUGGAAACUCGCUACCCAAUUUUUCCAGGAAAAGUACAAUUUCGAUACGUAAAAGUCGAACAAAAGCGUGACGGCUACAUGGAACUCAGAAGCGAAGAAGCCGUUCCUUGUGUUUACAGAAGACGGAUUCAUACUGCUAUUCAAGCUGCUCCACCAUUAAUCACUACUGAAAUUCAAACCGAUUGUACUUACCCAUCAAAUGCGGCCUGUCAAUACCUCUACGAUCCAGGUUCAGUUGAAGAAAUUUUAUUGCAGUGCGAACCCGAAAUUAUUAAUUAUGCCAACAGAAAUUUAGAUGAUUUGUCCAAUGUUCUUAUGGUUUCUGGUUCAAUUGAUUUCCACAGAGACGAUUUCAAUUCUCUAAUCAGAAAAGACAUACUAUCAGGCGACGCUGCCAAAUUAACAGUGCCAAAAGAAUAUUUGGAAUAUAUGUCAUUUAUGGAUGUGGAUUUGGCACAAGGAAAAAUGAUUUCGGAUAUUUACUGGCACCGAAUGUGGUCCGGAAUUGUUGCCAUAUCUUAUUGCGACGUUAGUCCGAAUAUUUUCUUUAGUGGAAACUACGAAGCAGAUAUGGUAGAGCGAGCAACGUUCACGCCAAAUUUGGUGCUGAUUUGGAGCUUUUUAGACGCCCUUAAGCCCAAACUUAUUUUAGAAGCCCCCAGGGAAAUUUACAAAUUGUCGUUUUGUAAAUUCGACGAGAAUAUUUUGAUUGGCGGUUGCAAAAACGGACAAAUUAUUAUUUGGGAUUUACGCAAUCGAUUGCAGAAAGUCGAACAGGAAGAAAUUCUAACUGCGGCACAGCAAAAAUACAGAACCUACAUGUUUGAAAUGAUGGGGUGGAUGAAGAACACUUAUGAUAUGGCCGUAGUACGACCUACUGCAGUGUCCGAUUUAAGAUUUUCACAUAGAGACGAAGUUUCAGGUAUAUCUUGGGUAGACCCUAACUACGAGUUCACACGUACAGGUCAAAUAGCCGAAAUAGCAACGGACGAAAAUGAAAGGCCGAAAUAUUCCAUGCAACUAGUGACCAGCAGCAUAGAUGGGAGCAUUUUGAUUUGGGAUUUGAAAAUGAAACAGAUAUAUACUGCUGGAGGUUACAAAGUGAGAAAACUGAAGAGGCUAAAGGAGAGGCCCGAUGAAUUACAGUCUGAAGUUUCACCAUACAGAGUUCUCCAUUUGAAUCUAAAACCAAAAUAUCGUAUAAACAUGUUUGAGACUCACCUCAAAACCUCCGUACCGAUAUGCAUCACAAGAAGUAAUACCGGAUAUUGCUUGCAAACCUAUGCAGAAACCAACUCGAGCUUGGCAGAGGAAAAGAAAAAAGAUUUCGACGAACGGUAUUUCUACAAGCCGAUUUUACAGAAAUCAGAACCUCUCCAGCCGAUUAUUAGAAUAGGAACUGUUGAAGGUGAUUAUGCCGAAAUAACCUGGGACGGUCAAGAUUUCGAUUCAGGUGAAACCGUAAACUGCGAGCAUGGUUCUUUUAGGCUAUUCCACAUCAAAAAAACAUCCUUCAAUUAUCCGAAAACCAUAGAGGAAGAUAUGAAAACAUUUAUUGAGAAAGAAAUUUACAGGAAAAAGGCGUUUUUAAAAUGGCAGGAAGAGUUCAAUCUACGCAACGAAGAGUACCAAGCAAAAUUGAAAGUAAAAGCCGAGAAAAGGGCUAAGGAGGAAGCAGCUGCUAGAGAAGCGGCAAAAGAAGAACGCAAAACUGUCGAAAAAGAAGUAAGGAAAGGACCUGAACCUGGUAAAUAUGUAGAAUGGAUAAUUGAACAGCGUCAAGCUAAAGAAGAAGCCAGAAUAAAAGCGAUGAUAAUAAACAAAAAACAAUUGGACACCAAGGACCUUGAGAAAAGACGGAAACCUUUGGAGAAAUUAGACGAGGAAAAUGCAAGAAAAAAGAAAAAACAACGAGACAGACUGAAACAAGGCAAAAUGAUUUUCGAAGAUCAAGUUGAAGCCCUAUUUCCAGCAAUAUUAAGAAAGAAAACGCCACCUCCUCAAGAUCCUUACGCUGGAGGAGACUCCGAUCAAGCCAAACGACACAUUUACGAGCAAUACAAUGAAAUUGUCGAUAAAAUGGAACGAUACGUUGCAGCGCAUCCUUUCCGCUAUCAAUUUGAUUUCAAAACCAUACUUAUUGAUGGUAGAAAUAAAGAAGACAAAUAUAUGCAAAUGCACGAGCACAAAAAACGUUAUGAUGAUGAAAAACAAAUGAGAAAACGUGAAGAAAGUAUUCAGUCAAUUACUGAUUAUGAGGAAGUGCUGCCUGUAGAGGAAGAAACUGAAGCAGAAGAGAAUUUUGUUUGAAAUAAUACUUGAAUUAAAACUCUAGCCUCUAGGUUAUUGGUUUUCAAUAAAUAUCGUCCAUGUAUUAUUAGGCCUGUUCGCAC